AUGACAACCACCGCAAACCAUCCCACACCGGCACACCAGCUGUCCAGUCCCGAGUCUUCCGCCCCUCAGACAUCACAAGAUGUCAACUUCCAGGGUCUACCUAUCCCACGAGGCCCCGUUACCGCCGACCUCUCCUUCUACAAGGCACCAGAAGACGGCUCAGCGCCCUACAACUACGUCGAGCCUCUUCCCGGCGUCCCCCAACGCAACUGGGUCGAUAAUUGGGUUAAAGUGCCAGUCGAGGACAUCAGAGGUCGAGAGCACAAAUUCAACCUCGACGACAACGGCUUCGACACAUACCAAAACAUCAAGAGCGAAGAGCAUGACUUUGCAGACGACGAGCGCAUACGCAAAGUCUACUAUCCCGAGGUAGAACAGUUCUUGCUCGAGAACAUCAAAGGCGCACAAAAAGUCAUCCUCUUCGACUACACCAUCCGCCGACCCACGGGAAACCGCAACCCCGUCCGCCGCGUCCACGUUGACCAGACAAAGUUCUCCGCCGAACAACGCGUGAAGUUGCACGCGCCUGAGGAUGCAGAAAAACUCCUCCAGGGUCGCUACCGCAUCAUCAACGUGUGGCGCCCACUCAACGGCCCGGUCAUGGGCCUCCCGUUGGCCGUGGCCGAUAGCCAGACCGUCCAGGACGAGGACUUGGUGCCCAUCGAGCAUCGCUACCCGAACCGAACGGGUCAGACGGCGGCUGUGAGAUACAACCCCGAGCAAAAAUGGUAUUACUGGUCUGGCAUGACGAAUGAGGACCGCUUGCUGUUGAAGUGCUAUGAUAGCGAUGAGGCGUACAGAAAGACGGGCCGUGUUCCACACUCUGCCUUUGAGGAUCCUCGCACGCCAGAGGGCGCUGUGGGGAGGGAGAGUAUCGAGGUUAGGGCUUUGAUAUUUGGCUGA